GUCCCAGCCACCUCACAGAUCAAGUGUCACAGGCAGCCGGCCAGUAUAUAAACCCCGAGUGCAUCCUGCCCCGACAGAUCAAAUUAACCUCAGUAAAGGCAGAAGCAACCAGAAAAGCUCAAGCUCAACCAAGAGGCAAAGCAGUGAAGGUUAUAAAGGACUCUACCUCAAACGACAGCAAUGGACAUCCAAACGGGUCAAAUAGUCCGGGCUCCGAGUCCCAUGGAGAGCCUGGAGAAGCAGCUGAGCUGCCCCAUCUGCCUGGACAUGUUCACAAAGCCAGUUGUCAUUCUGCCAUGCCAGCACAAUCUGUGCCGCAGCUGCGCCAGUGACCUCUACGACUCCAAAAAUCCAUACCACUUCUCUGGAGGCAUCUUCCGAUGCCCUACCUGCCGAUUUGAGGUGGUGCUGGACCGCCACGGUGUCUACGGUCUGCAGAGGAACCUUCUGGUGGAGAACAUCAUCGACAUCUAUAAGCAGCAGUUGGAGAAAGGAGGUAAUGCCCUUGAACCCCCUUUGAAAUCCAAAGAAACCAAAGAGCCUAUGUGCGAGGUACACGAAGAUGAAAAAAUUAACAUCUACUGCGUAACCUGCCAGACACCCACGUGCUCCAUGUGCAAAGUAUUCGGUCAGCACAAGGACUGUGAAGUUUCCACUCUAAAAGGUGUUUAUGAAGCCCAGAAGUCUGAACUUAAAAAUUCAAUCGACCUGCUAGGUGCCAGCAACAGCUGCUUGCAGGUGAUGGUAACGCAGAUGGAGGAAACCUGUAAAACGGUUGAACAAAACAGCCAAGUGCAGAAACAGAAGCUGGGAGAAAAGUUUGACCUACUCUAUGCCAUCCUAGAAGACCGCAAGACCCAACUCCUAGAGCAGAUCACUCAAGAACAGGAUGAGAAGGUAGCUCUGGUGCGAUCGCUAAUCCAGCAGUACAAUGAACAGUUGCAGGCAAGCAUCAAUCUGAUGGAAAAAGCCUCCCAGACCAUGGACAACAGCAAUACGGCCGAGUUCCUCAUCGCUGCCAAGAAGCUGAUCACAGAAGCCAAAGAUGCAUCCAAGAACUCUCAUCUACAGAGGCCAGAGCCCGGCUUUGAGAGUAUGGACCACUUCACGCUCUUCACGGAAGAUGCAGAAGCCAUGCUUGCAAAAAUGGACUUUGGAGUCGGUGGAGAUGAUGAUGAUGAUGAUGAUGAAGAAGAAGAAGAGGAGGAGGAAGAAGAGGAAUAAGCAAUGAUAGACUCUAGAAAAAGGACUUUGUGGGGAAAAAGAGACAACAGUAGAUAAAAACCUUCAUGGUUCAUGAUAAGGACAAUAAUCUAGCUGCUUUUGAUAACUGUGAGACAAGGGAAGUGCAAUCUUAAAGCAGUUUUAGUACAAUUUGUACGAAUUGCACCAUUUGUAAUGUCUUUUCCACUUGACUUUUUUACUUUUUUAUUAAUGUGGAUGGUUAUAUUGAAAUAUGUUUUUUAUAUUUGUAAUAGAACAUAGAAGUUAAUGUAUUGUUUGCUAAAUAAAGCUAGAUUUAUUAGCUGUAGAAUACAGCUGUGCUAACUUUAGAGUGUCAUGUGAGAUACAAAUGUUUGAAUACUUGAAAUAUUAAAGAAUGCACUUGACUGA